UUUGCUUUCAUUUAUUCAUGACGGUCCUUUCUAGAGUGCCAGAGACACGUUUAAUGAAUCUUACUCUGCUCAUCAUUUGUUUCUGUUAACGUGGAAUAACUCAACAUGUCACAAUUGGAGAAUGCAAAGGUGGUGCAAUCUGGUGGAGGUGACAAGAUCACUAUGGUGCUGCUGGGAAAGAACUGUAAUGAUAAGUCUACGAUAGGGAAUGCCAUACUAAAGGCAGAACAUUUCAUAGCUGGAAAAGAGACAUGCACAAGAGCUGAAGAAAAACUAGGUGAUCAGAUGGUCUGUAUCAUCAACACUCCAGACCUUUUCCACAGACCAAACCAAGAUCAAGAAACUGACAAUAUAGAGGAGAUUAAACCCCAAUAUCCAGGUCCACGUGUGUUCCUUCUGGUACUGCAUGACAAACAGCUCUCGCAGGAAGAGAUUGAUAUGUUUAGCCAGCUGAAAAAGAGAUUUGGAGAGAAAAUGGUGGAAAAUACAAUUGUUGUGCUAGCUAACAGUCAAGAGAUGCAAUCUGGACAGCCAUAUGACCAAGCUGAUGAGAAUCUCAAAAAACUACUAGAUGAGUGUGGACAGAGAGUGUGUGUUCACGACAAGAAAGAAGACGAGAAAGAUAAUAAGCUGACCAAACAGGUUAUGGAAAAAUGGAAGGCAAUGCAUGAGAAGCAAGCUACUGAAUCAAGCAAUUCCACACCUGCUGAAGAGCCGUUAUAUGAAGACAUGGAUACAUAUGAUCCAAAGAAGGAAACACCUGAAGCGUCAAGGGUGCCUGAAAACAGCAAAGAACAGACCAUCCAGGCAAACAGAGGUGACUUCAGGAUGACAGUGAUCCUGCUGGGAAAGGACAGCAACAAUAAGCGUCUCAUAGGGAACACAAUUCUUGAUAAAGAUCAUUUCCGAACAGAAAAGGUCACUUGUGAGAAGAUUGUGAAUACCGUUGCUGGUCAGAAGAUCUGUAUUAUCAACACCCCAGACCUUUUUCAUAAACCAAACUCAUCAGAUCCAGAAGCUGACAGUAUGGAGGAGUUGAAGCCAUCAUAUGCAGAUCCACGUGUGUUCAUCCUCAUACUCAAGUACAAAACUGUGUCACCAAAAGUGAUGGAGAUGUUUACUGAACUAAAGAAGAAGCUUGGACAGAAAAUGGUUGAAAACACAAUUGUGCUGGUUAAUGUUGAAAAAAAGUUAUCUUCAAAUUCAAUGGACAAACUAGCAGCCUUCAAAAAAGAACACUCUAUAAUCCUGAAUGAGUGUGGAAACAGAUUGUGCGUUUACAACAGAGAUAUGAAGAAUAAAGAACUAAUCACAGAACUGAUAAAACUUAUAAAUAGCAUGUCAAAGAAACAAACAUCUGAAUCUGACAGAGAAAGGACACAUGCCAAUACGGAGACAAAGCAAGCAACACCAAACGAACCAGUUCAGGUGUAUCAGCCAAAACCACUGACCAUUGUGCUACUGGGACAGACAGGAAGUGGGAAGAGUGCUACAGGAAAUACCAUUCUAAAAAAGCAACGUUUUGAAUCACGUGCCAGUUCUGUGCCAGUAACCACAGAGUGCCAGAUGGCAGAGGAAACCUUUCAUGAAAUGAAGAUUAGGGUAAUAGACACCCCAGAUUUCUUCAGUGAAGACCUUAAAAACCAGGAAGAGCAGAUAAAGAAGUGCAAAGAGCUUGCGCAGCCAGGGCCUGACGUGUAUUUGCUGGUUAUGCAGCUUGGCCGUUUCACGGAUGGUGAGAGAGAGGUUCUCCCACAUCUGAAGAAAGAGUUUGGCGAGGAUGUGCCUUCAAAGACUGUGAUUCUUUUCACUGGUAAAGAGAAGCUGAAGAACGGGACUUUAAAUGAUUACAUCAAUGGUAGUGACAAAGAACUUCAGGAACUGAUCAAAAUCUGUGAUUCAAGAUGUCAGGCAUUUAACAACAAUGACAAAAGCCAUCAUCAGGUGAAAAAACUGCUGGAGAUCAUUUUUGACAUGCAGAGAAGUAGGGGCAUGACAAUUCAUUACAAUCACAGAAAGAAGCAUAAGGAGAACAAAGAGUGCAGUAUUUUGUAAGAAAUUGAACUGUGUGUAUGAUAUGUGCACCGCUAAGCUGUCCCAAGAGGUAAGCAGAACAUCAAAAAAAAAAAAUCUCACAUUGGGUCACCCUCUAAACACGAUUCUUUUUUUUUUUCUAGGAAUGUUAAGAUUUUAUUUGGGUUAAUCUCCAUUUGUUAAAAUUGUGUAGGCUAUAAUAUUAAGGCUUGUUAGUAUUUAAGCUUCCAGUUCAUGUUUGAUAUAUGUAAUGAACAGAUAUGUAAUGGUGAUUAUAUUGGAAAUAAGUGAAAUAUCAAAAUAAAUAAAAACAUUAAACCUUGCAUGUGAGUCUCUAGUUUCAUCAUGUAUUUAAGAAAAAAAAAAAAAAAAACACCACACAUACCUAUACAAUGACAAGAUGUCUUCAAACUGCAAAUAUCCAAGCUAGGCCCUGCAACAGGUUACUACCAAUAAGCUGCCAAAAAAAAAUAAAUAAAUAAAAAUAAACCACACAACUCCUCGCCGUGAGUUUGGCUACGCUAGUUUCAUGGGGACCAGUGUUUUUUCCCGCCCACAUCGAUUUCUCAAAAGCAUCAUAAGCAUUGAACCAUUGGUCUCUAGACUAGUACAAUCUAGAAUUCAGAUGCUUUUGGGA